AUGGAAGCACAGAAGGAGAAAGAUCCACAAAAUAAUAGGCAAACGAAAGAACCUGGAGAGGGACAUGUUGAAGAGAAGAAAGACCAGAGUCGGAUCCAAAGGGCUAAGGCCAAUACACUAAAGAACCCACAACUGGGGCAGAUGGGAAUGGGAGGUGCCCUACAACAAUUUGUGAUGGGAACUGUUGGAAUGAAACACCAUCCUCAAAACAGGGGUAAGGUGUGGCGCAGGCAGAAACAAACCACACCUAGAGAGCCAAUCCCUGCACAGGUUACACCACAAAAAAGAAAUGCUCAGAGUGCAGAAGGAGAUGGCAUGCUGAAUGAGAUAGCUGCAAAAUAG